GCCUGGUGAAAAUGUCUGCUCCCUUCAUAUUCUCGGCCGCGCGCCACCGCGCUUGCUCUUUGUUGGCAUCGAAUCUUGCCCGUCCUACCCAGCAGACGACCUUGCGUUUUCUCACCACUGCGCCUGGACCUGGUAACGUCUCGCCGACAGUCAAGCACACCCCGUUCUUCCGCCGCGCAGCCUCCGUUACAGGCCGUAUUCUCCUCUUCACUGCCCUAGGCUUCACCAUGGCUGCGGCGCCCGCUUAUGAGUCGGCAGCGACAUUCUUGUCCCCACCGACGGAUGCCGACACGCUUGACGCGUUCAUACCGCAAGACGAGGAUGCGCAGGCCAAGGAGGCCUUCAUCCACUCGCACCCGCUCACGGCGUCUCUGCGCUCGAAUCCAGACUACAUCGAGUCCCGUCCGCAUCUCAAAAUACCGCCGUCGUGGCGGAGGCACAACCUGACGGGCGGCACGCUUGUUGGGCCAGGCAAGAUGGCCAUACCCCCCAUCAGCUGGACCCACCGGAAAGGGAAGAGCUACGUGCAGAUCCAGCAUGUCGGGACGGACUUGUGCGGCCACGUGGGCAUCAUCCACGGCGGGUUCCUGGCAACCAUGCUGGACGAAGGCCUGGCGAGGUGCUGCUUUCCCGUCUUGCCCUUCAACGUGGGCAUGACGGCCAAGCUGGAGAUCAACUACAAGGCGCCCGCCAUGGCUGACCAGUACUUGGUGCUCCGGGCUACGACCGUCAAGGUGGAGGGGAGGAAAGCCUGGGUUGAAGGGCACAUCGAGACACUUCCGACUGAGCCUAGUCAAGAACCAACCAUUCUAGCGACAGCUAGCGCGCUAUACAUCUCCCCCAAGCAAGCUGCGAUGAUGGCGAAGCUGGCGGCGACCUAGGCGUUCUCGGUGGAAAAUUGAUGCAUACCCGCAUGCAGACAGUCAUGGAGAUGUGCCGGCUGGCCUGUUUCUCAAACCUGUUGCUUCUUUCGCCGGACCUUUGCAUCUUGUCGCUAGGGAAACUAUUGGGGAGUGAUACAGUGUAUAGAUGGACUAGAAGAGCGCAGUCGCGUCAGUUUUGCGCCGCUUUAUUUAGAGAUAAGAAUACUUCAAGUUCUGUAUAUGCGUGUCACGAAUUAACCAACAACGGGUCACAUGUCUGAAG